AUGGCCCAACCCGCAGAUCCCCAGCCAGCACCAGCUCUACCAGUUAGAACGCAGGAGCGCCAACGAACUAGGCGAAAGAGAGGAAAUGCGCUCGACGAUCGUGUUCCUCCAAAUACUUCAACUGCACUACAACCAUUGCGACGCCAAGCAUCGCGUUCAACCUCUCCCGCCACUGAUGCAGAAUCCGUCGUGACAAGGGAACAAGCCAGGCAAAGAGCACGGGGUGACCUAGCGAAGAGAGAUCCGGCUGGGCAGGAGUUGACCCAGCCGUCGGAGGAAGAAGAUACUGGGCUUAAGUUACGGCUGGAGUUGAAUCUGGAUGUUGAAGUCGAAUUGAAGGCGAAGAUUCAUGGUGAUCUUACGCUAGCAUUGCUCGCUUUACCCUCAGAGUUUGCAUGUAUGCGGAGUACUAAUUCCGUGCAGGUCCUAGGCAACGAAGCAGGCUGUUCUAGAUGA